AUGGCGGAGAUGAGAUGGACAGAUAGGUAUAAUGCUACUGCUGUCGGUUAUGCCAUAUCAAAUGUCGUGAAGGCUUGGUAUGCCGAUAUAGGACCAUAUCCAGGUGGGGAUAGUGACGAUGUGAAGGCUUUAUCCUUCAAUAAACUGACGACAACAACCUCAUCCUCUGCCGGUCCAGCAACCAGUUCAGCGGAGGCUCCAACCACGUAUGACCUGAAUAAUCAGACCGGUCUCCUUGUAGGCAGCAUCAUCGGCGUUUUGGUCGUGAUAGCACUUCUCAGCAGUGCAAUGUUCUUUUCCUAUCGUCGCUCUAAGCACCGUGGUACGGCAAGCAAGACUACAACCGCUUCAGGCACGUUGCCUGAUUGGCCCCACGUCAAGGCUGAGCUCCCCAUGGAUGCUAGAAAAACUUCAAUGCAACCUACAGUUGAGGAUUGCUGUCAUCAUCCCUCUAUGGAUGCAAUUUGA